AUACAUAUGGAAGGAAGGAAGUAAUGAUACUUGACUUAAUGUUCUAAAUAUGUUCACUACGUGUUGUUUUCGGGAAAAUGUUACGUCUACGGGGCCUCCUGUGAGAGAAAGCCGAGGGUGUUGCGAGCCCAGGCCACUAUUGGCGUUUCCAUUAUCUUGGGCUGUUGUCUUUUUCCGUCCAUAUGCUGUCCUUCUUUAACUGUCUAUGAUGCUGUCAGAGACUGCUCUCUAGCUAUUCUACUGACGUCACGUACACAAUGAAGAGAAGUUUGACGUCACUAUGUUCGAGUACUCUCAUCAUGGUGGUUAGCUAACGGGAGCUACGAAGCUAGGUGACUUCUGGGACAGCCCUGACAGGUUAGCUUCGACAGCUAACAGUUGGCUAUGAGAAGUGACUGACCGGGAAGAUAAAGAGACUCUCCCCGCUGCAGCUCUCUGAGCGGACGAUGAGCUGACGUGCGGCUGGGCGGCGUUCCUGUCGGUGUUGCAGCUGGCUCUCAUGUUGCCAUGGAGACUGCAGCCUUCGAGGGCUGGCUGCAGUCCGUCUCGGCCUCUUUCCUUACCCUGAACGACCAGCAGCGCAACCAGUCUCUGGACCAGCUGAUCUCUCUGAGCGGAGCCGUGCAGCUCCGCCACCUGUCCAACGGGCUGGAGACGCUGCUGAAGAGGGACUUCCUGCGCCUCCUCCCCCUGGAGCUGGCCUUCUACCUGCUGCACUGGCUGGACCCCGAGACCCUGCUCACCUGCUGCCUGGUCUGCAAACAGUGGAAUAAGGUGAUCAACUCGUGUACAGAGGUGUGGCAGGGUGUGUGUCGGGAGCUGGGUUGGAGGAUUGACGAGUCCAUUCAAGAAGCCCCCCACUGGAAGGGGGUCUACCUGAAGGCUAAACUGCGCAUGGUGCAGCUGCAGGAUCAGGAGGCAUUUGAGACAUCGUCCCUGAUUGGCCACAGUGCUCGGGUCUACGCCCUCUACUAUAAGGACGGCCUCCUCUGCACAGGCUCCGAUGACCUCUCUGCCAAAUUAUGGGACGUGCGCACUGGGCAGUGCAUUUAUGGAAUUCAGACACACACCUGUGCAACUGUGAAAUUUGAUGAACAGAAGCUGGUAACUGGGUCCUUUGACAACACUAUGGCAUGCUGGGAGUGGAGCACAGGUGCUAAAAUCCAGCAGUUUCGUGGCCACACUGGAGCAGUGUUCAGUGUGGACUACAACGAUGAACUGGAUGUGCUGGUCAGUGGCUCGGCGGACUUCACGGUGAAGGUGUGGGCUCUGUCUGCUGGGGCGUGUCUCAACACUCUGACGGGACACACCGAGUGGGUCACCAAGGUUCUGCUACAGAAAAGUGAGGUGGAAUCUAUGGUGCAUAGUCCUGGGGAUUAUAUCCUCCUAAGUGCUGAUAAGUAUGAAAUUAAGGUCUGGCCUUUAGGGAGAGAAAUCAACUGCAAGUGUUUGAAGACGCUGUCCGUGUCCGAGGACCGCAGCAUCAGCCUCCAGCCUCGCCUGCAGUUUGACGGACGCUACAUCGUCUGCAGCUCUGACCUUGGAGUCUAUCAGUGGGACUUUGCCAGUUUUGAGAUUCUCAGGGUGAUCAAAACGCAGGACCCAGCUAACCUUUCCCUGCUCAGCUUUGGCGAGGUGUUUGCGCUCCUUUUUGACAACCACUUCCUGUAUGUGAUGGACUUGAGGACAGAAGCCAUAUCGGGCCGCUGGCCUCUGCCAGCCUACAGGAAGUCCAAACGGGGAUCCAGCUUCCUGGCAGGUGUGACCUCCUGGCUCAACGGCCUGGAUGGGGACAAUGACUCUGGACUGGUGUUUGCCACCAGCAUGCCGGACCAUAGCAUUCACUUAGUACUGUGGAAGGAGAACGGGUAGACAGCACGCACGCUCUGGAAUAUAUCAACAGCCAACAUAGAUCAUGCAUGGACCAAAGCAUUUUGUUUUUAUCUGUUUCUUCCUCAUACAGUCCCACCUGGACAUCCACGGAUGGAAAACUAAGAAACAUGAUGAAUUUACUGGUAUUACUGGUGUCCUAGAUCAACAAAUCUCGGAUAAUUAAAGGUUCCAAAAUAAACACAACAAUAUAAUUUCUCCUGUAACAUAUUUGAACGUAGAGGUGUAAAUGUUUUUGGCAGAUUUGCUCUUUGAUCUAUUUGGCUUUGUGCCAGUCACCCUUAAAGGGUAACUACCGUUUUUUACAACCCCAUUUUCCCAUGUGUUUUUGUGUAAGUGACUGAUGGGAACAACAAUCGGACAUUGGUACUAAACACUAAGCACUGAACCCACCAGACUCCAUUUAAAAAAGCAAUACUUUUAGCCUGUAUAGAGCCAACAUAAAGUCAUAUCGGUAAAAUCUGUAAACUAUGUAUUAUGUCAACCAAAACUAGAGUUGUGAUGGUUGUAUUAGUGGAAAGACGUCCCUUUUCAUAGUUUUAUUUUGUUUUGGUUGACUUUGAAUUAAGUAUAUUUCACGAUGCUAAAAUUACUGUUUUAUUUACAUAUUGUUUUUUUUUGGACUAAGCUGUAAACAUGGUUAGUUCUCCUGUAAGUGUGGGCAUUUCAGCAUAGAGGUCAUUCGGGACUGGCUCGAGCGGGCAUUCAAGGAGCUGCAGUUUUGGCACAUUGACUUCAUUUUUCAGCACCUGAGGUUAAAAUGACUGUUAAUUUACCUGGAGACCGGUGGCUUUAGCCAACGCAAUUUCACAGACUUUUAUGUUUAAAAAGGAUCUCACUCUUUACCAGAAAGGUAGACACUAUUAAUCUGAGCCUUUCAACUGCAAAAGAAGCACUUUUAUAAACAUAAAUACAAGUUGGACAUUUGCACUAUUAACUUCCAUUGUAGCUUGUUUCUCCGCUGCCGUCUGCAGAGAUCUCUCUUAAUACUGGACCAAUGUCACAGAUUGUUGUUCCCAUCAGUCACUUAGACACAACAACACAGGAACAUACUGUAGGGUCCAGGUUACUUUUUAAUCCCUAGUCUAGAAACUGGGCAACAACUUUGGACACUGACCUUUUCCUAAUCAGGAUCAUAGUGAGUCAGGCCAACGCCACGCUGAUCACUGAGCCCAUCUGCUGAAACAUUGGUUUCCUUGAAGAAAUGCAGGCUCGCCUUAAACACAGUCACUGUUAGUAAUGAAGAUUUUCUUUGACAUCAGGGUAGGUGAACGUAAGGUCUUUACAGAUCAUCCCUAAAGAAGCUGGGAACUGAAUGGUGUGUUGAAGUGGUUUGGUUCAUUGUUGUGUACCAUGUAAAACAAUGUGAGGUUUCAUGUAAUUCCCUGGGAUGUCUAGUUUAAAUGUCAGCUUCAGAAAUGUGAUGUGCCUUUUCAGUUAAUUUAAUGUUACAAACUAGAUAACUCUGGCACAUUGCAGUAAGGUGAUGGCUGCAAUGAAAAUCUUUCUUUUACGUUGAAGUUUUCAGAAUUACUGUGCUCCAACAGUCUGAGAUGUCUGUACUUUUAUAGUUAUCUACCUGACAUGACUUGCUCAGUGAAUUGCUUUUAUGGAAUCAGUGACUGUGUAAAACAUCAGGUUUAUUUUUCUUAAGGCCUCGUUGCAUUGCACAGCUGAGGAGGGGACUUUGCAAGCAGUUGGUUUUGUGCAAAAAGACAAUUUUAGACUUAAAAGAUUUGAAUGGGUGAUUUUUCUGAGAGAUACUGUGAAACCACGCCUGGUUCUGUGCAUCAGUUUCAACAUCAUGUCUCAAGUUGGUUUUCUUCUUUUAUAAAAACUAAACUUUUACCAUGACUUAACUGAAUAUUCAUUGCUGUCUUCCUUUGCAUUAGGCAGACCACAGGUCCCCACACAUUAAAAUGUAUUCAUGUGCAACAAACCUCAUUUAAGACAAAUUAGUUUUUCUUGUAUUCAGUCUGUAACCCGUGUCUUACAUGGGGCGUAGUAAACAGCUGAUGUGCAGACUGUUGUUGGGUUAGGUUUUUCAAAUCUAAAAAAAUAAUCUCUGAAAAUAAAGUAAUAUGUACAUAAAGUGAGAAACUAAAAUGGACCAGGAAGAAUUUUCAAUGGGACGGAAAAGGUUUUUUGAUGUAUCUAUUCAGAGGUAAUGGCUGUUGCAUUAAAGUACCACAUUGUUAUUAUUUCACCAAAUCUUCUAUUGCACAGCGUCAGAGCUCUUUGUUCACCUGCAUUAACGUACAAUCAGCUUCAAUAUUGCAGUCCUUCAAAUGAAUAAAAGUAGCAAAUGCA